AUGCAGCACUACCCGACAGCAUGGGGCCAUUAUGAUGUGUGCAAGUCCCAGGUGUACACAGACGAGGGUCUCACCUGGGAUUACAUGGCCUGUCAACCCGAGGCUGCGGACAUGACCCAGUUCCUCAAAGUAACGCUGGACCCCCCCAACAUCACCUGCGGAGACCCCCCAGAGACCUACUGUGCUCUGAUGCGACUCGUCAAGUUCCAUCUGCUCAAAUCAAGAAAAUAUGUUAGUAAUUCAAUAGAGAAUAAUGGACAACCAUGA